UCACAUAGCGCUUGGUGACUCGGUUUCGGCAAUUUUGUCUUUCAGCCGGAUUAGGAUAAUGGCUGCUGUUUGGGAUCCACGUGAUGAUGCAUAGACUAUGGUAGUAGCUAACUUGUUUGCCAAGUAAUCGAGUGAUCGAGAUCCCACAUUGCACAGCUAGGUAGUAAUAGUUUUACAAAAAAAUUAUAUAUAACCCUGGAAAGAUGUCGUGGAUAUUUGGUGUAAAUAAAGAACAAGCAGUACCUGAAAAUUUUGAACAAUUAGCAUCUCUUGGAGGAGGAGCUGGUUCAGGUGGAGAUGGCAAAGAUAAGGAUGAACCUGCCAAACCAAAAGCUUGGUCUAAUUUUGAUCCUUCCGGACUUGAAAGGGCAGCGAAAGCUGCCAGAGAUCUCGAUAAAUCAAAGCAUGCUUCACAAGCUUUAGAUUUAUCACGCAUGCAAGAAAGCACUAAACAAAUGGAAUAUCAAGCUCAAACAAAGGAAUAUGAAGCAGCAAUGGAAAAGUUACAAAUCGAAAAAUCACGUGUACAACAUGAAGAGCGUAGGAAAACUUUAUCGGAGGAAACAAAGCAAGCCAAUCAACGUGCACAAUUUCAAGAUCAAUUAGCUCGCAAAAGAUACGAUGAUCAACUGGGACAACAGCGAAAAAUGAACGAAGAAAACAUAUCCAAGCAAGAAGAGUCUGUACGAAAACAAGAAGCCAUGAGAAGAGCAACUGUUGAGCACGAGGCUGAACUCAGACAUCAAAACGAAAUGAAAAAACUAGAAGCAAAAAUGAAGGCACAAGGAGUAAUUGAGCGUGAAAAUAAAGACAUUCGACUUGAGCAAAUUCGACUUCAAGCAGCUGAACAUCGGGAGACAGUUCUUCAAUCACUAAAAACUGCUGGAAGUAUAAUUGGUUCAGGGAUAACAAAUUUUUUAUCUGACUGGGACAAAAUAUCUUCAACGGUGGCAGGUUUAUCCUUGCUAGCUGUUGGAGUUUACGCAGCAAAAAUGGGCACUGGAGUAACAGCUAGAUAUAUUGAAGCAAGACUUGGUAAGCCAUCGUUAGUACGAGACACUUCCAGGUUGACGCUGAUUACUGCUGCACGUCAUCCAAUACAGGCUGUUAAAAGACUUAUUGUAAAACCAGAAGAUGCUUUGAAAGGAAUUAUUUUGGAGCCGAAACUUAACGAACGUCUCCAAGAAAUAGCGUUAUCCACGGCUAACACAAAGAGGAAUAAUGGCAUGUAUCGGAACCUAUUGCUUUACGGACCCCCUGGCACAGGAAAAACUAUGUUUGCUAAGAGCUUAGCGCAUCAUUCUGGACUGGAUUAUGCUAUCAUGACGGGCGGAGAUGUGGCACCGAUGGGGCGUGAAGGCGUCACAGCCAUGCAUAAAGUGUUUGACUGGGCGUCCACUUCUAGGAGAGGCUUACUUCUAUUCGUUGAUGAAGCAGAUGCAUUUUUGCGACGACGAAGCACGGAACAUAUCAGCGAAGAUCUUCGAAGUACGUUAAAUGCGUUUCUUUACAGAACGGGAGAAUCGUCUAGGAAAUUUAUGUUGGUGCUUGCCAGUAAUCAACCCGAUCAAUUUGAUUGGGCCAUAAAUAAUCGCCUCGAUGAAAUGGUCGAGUUCAAACUACCUACGUUUGAGGAGAGAGAGCAACUAGUGCGGAGAUAUUUUGAGGAAUAUAUUUUGAAUGCUGCAACAAGAGGCUGGAGAUCACAACGAAUCAGCAUAGCGGACUUUGAUUUUAACGAAAAGUGUCGUGACAUAGCUGCGAGAACAGAGGGAUUAUCUGGACGAGAAAUAGCGAAACUUGGCGUGGCCUGGCAGGCCAGUACAUAUGCAUCGAAAGAUGGCGUGCUAACGAACGAAAUUUUAGACGCACGUGUAAAUGAUAUGAUAAAACAGCACAAACAAAAAAUAGAUUGGUUAAAAGAAGAUAGCACAGAGAAUAUAUCGUACUUGGAACCACCUGUGGUGAAUAAUACCACAUGAAAUUGUGUUGUUCGUUAGAUUUUAUAAAGUGUUUCUUUUUUUAAUAAAAUUUCAUCGAAUUAGAAA